AACUCGGUCGCUGUGUCGCUACUCGCGCGUGGAACCUCGGAAUUCGGGCAUUCUUUCUCGUGGAAAACGUGCGUGCGUGCGUGCCGACGGUUGAGGCGGCUCACUGGAACAUGUGACGGUGCAUAUACCGCGUGUCGUGCGCGCGAUCGCUAUUCAGUGGAAUUGUGCAUACCGCCGGUGUACGAGAAAGAGAGAUAGAGAGAGAGAGAGAGAGAGAGUGAUAGGAGAACGAACGGAGUCGAGACGACGCUCGGCGGACGGGUGGACAGACGAACGGACGGACGGACGGAGGAACGAACGAACGGGUGGGCGGACGGACAAGCGGACGCUCGGCCGGGUCGACUGAGUGCACGCGUGCACAUUGACUCCGUACGUGCGCGGCUGUGCGCGAUGCGCGCCCGCCAAUCGCGCCAUAUCGCCGUGGACGAGCGGCGGCAGUGAGAGUGCGGUCGAGCGAGCGCGUCUCGGCGUCUCGCCGUUGUGUGACACGGAGUACGGAGUGCGCGGAGCGAAGUGCCGUGCCGCCGCCGUCGCGCGCGCGGUCGCGGUCGCGGUGACGUGUGAAGUGAGGCGCGGAAGCGGCGGGAACGAAGAAGAAGAAGAAAAAAGAAGAAAAACGGUCGUCGUCAGCGUUCACCGGCAACGGCGGCGCGUCUCGCAUCUCGUCGUACGCGCGGUAUAUCGCCUCGUUGCGCGUACCGUGUCGCGAAGGGGGAGACGGGAGACGACGUGCGCGCGGUGAGGUGGAGGAGGAGGAGGAGGAGGACGACGAGGGAGGCAGAAUAUCGGCUCGUCUCGCAUGUCGGCUGAACCGCCACGCGAAUUCGGAUCAGCCCCGAUCGACACCGUAGAGUGACCACGGCCGAAAGAAUGGAGGCCAUGGAUGUGGACGGAGAUUCAGUAGUGGAUUUGAGCAUCAGCAGCAGUGGUAGGCGCAAUUCCCCGUCUCUUUCUGUGAAUUCUGGUGACAUCCCGUUAGACUUGGGAAUUCACUUUUCAACCGGUUCCAAUUUGGAGAACAACAUGCCGGAGGCACGUAAUAUACAGAACGCCGCCCGCGGCAUCUUGGCUCCUAAACGAUCGCAUGGGGACGAACGUAAGCCACGGCGUAAUCUUAGACCUAGAAUUGAAAGGAGCUAUGCCGAGAGUCCCGACGAGCCUAGAAUGAAUGGAUAUCUAAAUGGAAAUGCAUCAGACAGUGACGAAGGUGAUAUGCCUCCUAUGCUGCCAAUCAAGGAACUGUCAUCCGACGAGCUGGCUGAACGCGAGAGAAUGCUUAGAAAAUAUAAAGAGGAGCUUAAAUCGGAGGAAAUGAAAUUAGUACUUUUGAAGAAGUUACGUCAGUCUCAGCAACUGAAAGAGAACAUUGCAGCAGCACCUCCCAAGGUUCUCAGCAAAUUACCACCGCCAGUAACGGCACAGCAGGUGCCUCAUAGAGCCGGAAAAGCACCUCCGCCUUUACUUAAGGGUCAGCCCGCACCGAGCAGAAGUAGUAGUUUACAUGCUCCACCACCUGGCAUGGUGCUACCUCCUAAUGCCGGUCGAAAUGCCAUUCCAAGUACAGGCGGGAUGCCUCCAAACAUGGUGAUACCGCAACCACCUCAUCCUAGAGGAAGACCACCCAGCGUAGCGGCGGCAACUGUCUCUAGUUAUCAUGCGCCGACAGACAGAACGGAGAGGUCUACGAAGGAUCCAACACCGGCUCCUGCGCAUCAAGUAAGUAAGCUGCUUGCUGGAUCGCAAGAAAAUAAAACCACCGCAUCCUUAAGCACACCUGUGAAUUCGGAACAGGAGAGAACAACGCGAGAAGAUACACCUGCUCAACGUCAAGCAGCUGCCAAAAUGGCCCUCAGAAAGCAGCUCGAGAAAACAUUAUUGCAAAUCCCACCGCCGAAACCGCCACCUCCAGAGAUGCACUUUGUACCAAAUCCCUCCAAUACGGAAUUCAUAUAUUUGGUCGGUUUGGAGCAUGUGGUCGAUUUUAUAACGAAGGAGCCGGCCGUACCGCCACCUCCCGAACCAUUUGAGUGCUCACAAUGCAAAACAGAUUUCACACCCGUUUGGAAAUGGGAAAAACCUAUGCCUGGUGGUAAGAAGGAUAGUCCUAGAGGGCAACAUGCGACUUUCCAACGACCAUCAGCGGGUCGUGAUCCAAGAGUCAUAUGUGAGCACUGCGUGACGACUAAUGUGAAGAAAGCAUUGAAAGCAGAGCACACCAAUCGAUUAAAAACUGCUUUCGUAAAAGCGCUACAGCAAGAGCAGGAGAUAGAGCAAAGGUUAGCGCAGGCGGCAUGUCCGAGUCCAGAUCCUCCAGCUCCGAAACCAGUUCCUAAGGCAGCAACUCCUACAAGAAGAGUGGCUACACCUCCCGCGCCUCCGCCGCAGGUACCACCGGCUCCUACGUUGACGCCUACACCUCCCGCGCCAAAGCUGCAGGAGCAUCCCUUAGUGAAACUGGCCGAGAGCGGGAAGUUUAGUCCGCAUCAUGCAGCUGCUGCGGCAGCGUUGCAGCAACAAUUGCUCAGAGAAUUGGCGAAGAAUCCAGUACCCGGUUUACCACCGCAUCAACCUCUUCCCGCUCACAUGAUGCCGCAUUUUACCUCUAUAUUGUAUCCCUAUCAAUUAGCGAUGGCUGCCGGUGGUAAGGGCCUUGUAGAAUUACAACGGCAAGCGGCGGAUCUUCAACGUCAAUAUCUGCUUGAUAUGAUUCCGUCGCAGGCGUCGCAAGCGCAAGGCAAUCAAGCACCACCGAGAGCUCAUCCGCAUAAUUGGAAAACGUAACCGGACGCAUUUAAGGGAUGACGUAGCAGUAAAUGCGAAUAAACAGUGAACGUGCAUAACGGAAAACAGAGAAGCUAAGGGAGAUCUAGUAAAGUGUGCAGUCGUAAUUCUGUGCGCCUGAAUGUUACACUAUGCCAAUCGCAACGUUAGUGUCUCAGUUAAGGUGAAGCUCAACUUGAAGUACGUCGGAAGAAUGACAUUCGUUAGUAUUGUAUAAAGAAUAAUUAAUCGUUGUGAAUAUGUCAAUUGACGUGUACGUUUACGACUUUAUUGUUAUCUAAGGGGUAAAGGUUUUAUUUCCGUCACUGAAACACGCACUCAACGUACGUAUGAGUUGGGAUACAGAAUCGCGUCGCGUCUAGGUGAUUAAUUCAUUGUUUAAUGGAGACCAACUGAACUCUCUCAAAUUGGAAAUGUCGGUCAUUUCCUUUUUCCUGAUCUUUCCUACGUAUAUAUACGCGUUAUUAUUUCGUUAACGUAUCGUUAACGUUGUCCACUGAACAACUGAUAUAUAAACAUAAUGAUUAAUUUAAGCGUAUCGACAAGCAUAUUAUAACAUUGAAUGCAAUUGCUUGGAUUAUGAACACCGAGUUGCCUAACUAGGCGCGAGUGAGCGAUCACCUCGCUAUUAUUUACCAUUUUUAUUUUUUGUCUCCGUAUCUUAUAUUCUCUCUGUUAUUAUAUAAUAAAUACUAUUAUUAGUAAAGUUAUGUUGUCUCCUUGUGCACGUUUGUACAAGAUUUGUUUGUAGAAAUACAUUUGUAGAGAUACAUUUGUACAAGA